AUGGCUCCGCCGUUCCUAGAGCCAGUCGGUCUGAGCAAGCGGGAUGACUACAAUCCCGUCCGGCCCGACAAAAAGAAGGGGUCCCUCUUCCGCCUGCUCGGACCCCGAGGGGGUUCCUCCUCCCGGUCCGAGGUCCCCACACUGACACUCCACGUAGCGGACUACGGCUCGCUCCUCAUCCAGACCACCGAUCUGCCUUAUGGCGCAUCCCGUCCCGUACCGCCAUCACGCCAUAAUUCUGCAGGUCCAGGUAGCUCCACCCCGAACUCGCCAACGGACGAGUAUCGGGAGGAGCAGGAUGGGUAUAUCCCCCCACCGUCGCAGACGCGGGAGUAUGAGCUGCCGGGGACGCUGGAGAUUGGGAUGCCGCCUCAUAUGGGCAAAAGGAGGGUGCGGGCGAUAAGGAUAGGCAUGACGGCUACGACGAGGCUGGAUAUGGGUAAAGGGCGGGGAUGGGAGGAGGACAUUAUCUUUAGCCGGAUGAUAGAGAUUAAGGGGGCGGAUGGGGCUGGGAUAGUCCUGGAGCCUGGAGUCCAACUAUUCUCGUUCUCGCUAUACAUGCCCGACAAUAUGCCGGUACACGACUGGCAUCCCAACGCGUACUGCGGUGUGACCCUAUACGGCGAGGUCGAAGGACUGACCGACCGGAAACAUAGCGCCUCGCACUCUCGAUCUCGUUCUCGUCAGCCCACACCUCUAUCCCACUCCCCCACCUCCAUCCCCGGCACGCCCAAAGCCGGAUCUCGAUCCGCCUCGCCCAUGCCCGGCGGCCCCUCCUCACGGCGCGCCCAAUCUAGCGGCGCCCCGCCCCCACGGCGGCGGACGAGCGGGAUGGAGCUGGAGACGAGCCGAGUACAGGGGCUGGACUCGGUCAUGAGCCGUCUCGAGGAGAUUUCCAUCUCGAGGGAUAUACUGCCGCCCGUCCCUGCCUACCCGGACGGGAAUGGGACGCGGGAGGAAGUCGAGGCUGUACCCUGGCUCCAAGGGGAACAUCGGACAGACAAGCCUUUCGAAGUGCUGUAUAAUCCGAAUCCGACCGGCGGGCUCACAGAUCUCAAUAUGCAGAUCAUAGGCGAGCAAGAGGGGCUAGGAGGGUACAGGCUGGAAUUGCUUUCUGAUGUCUUCACUAUCUGCGCGGCAGUACAAGUCCGCCUCACCCUCCCCUUCCCUCCCCCAACGACUACUAUCUACGCCUUCCGCCUCAUCCUGGCCCAAACCGUCUCCCUGUACUCGCCAAGAGAUCCGCCAGAGACGGAGCCGACAUGCACAACUCGACAUUUCAGCGUGAUUGAUCAUGGGCAGAUCCCACCCAAGGGAGCGGAAGGGAGGGGUAUACCGGCACUGUGGAGAGGGACCGAGGCGGGCGGAGGGGAGUUUGAGGAGAUGGCGCUUACGAUGUUUGGGAGGUUGCCGGAUGAUGAAAAGUGCCGGCCCACGAGUCUGCCUCAAAUGAAGAGUCCAUUGAGACUAUCACACUCAUUUAUCGCCGAGAUCUUCUUCUCGGUGUAUGGCGAAGACGACCGCGGCCGCAAGCUAGACAAGCCAGGUUCGGGUGGAUUACGUUUCUUCCGGGUGUCCAAGCCAGUCGUUGUCCCCUCUUGCGCUAUGAUUCCCAUGUGGUUAUUACCUCCCACAUACGAAGAAUCCCCAAGCCAACACCCACCCGGUCCAUGCCCCCACCGACCCCUCCAAGCAGACUGGGUCAAAGACGCCGCAGAGUACAAGCCGGACCUCGAGUGUGCACUAUGUCGCGCGGGCGUCCCGCCAUCGACGCGACCAGGAUGGCGGGAUUGCGCGUGUGGGAAUAGAGGAGAGGAUCUGGAGGAGAGGGGAAGGAGGUUGAAUGAGGCGCCGAUGUUGCCUAGUAAGUGGACGGUGGAAGGGGAGAGUCUGGCGGAGAGGGAGGGAGUGGAAGGGGCUGGGGUGGGAGGAAGCGAUGAGAGGAGAGGAAGACGAGAAGGGCGGUGA